GGGGAGCGUAGGGCUCUGCUCCCUUUCCACAACGUUGGAGAGAAAGCCAGGCCUUGAGUCUGCGCCUGCAUAUUCCUACAACUUCUCAGAGUCCUGUGGACGAUGACUGAGGAGACAAACUUGUGAAUGCGAGGGUUGGGACGAGUGAAAAAGGGACCAGACUCCGAGGAACCAAGUUGGGAGCACAAUGGGAAGUCGACUUCACCAAAGUUAAGCCAGGAAGUACGGUUAUAAAUAUCUUUUAGUAUUCAUAGACACCUUUUCUGGAUGGGUAGAGGCAUACCCAACCAAGCACGAAACAGCUCAGAUGGUAGCCAAGAAACUGCUAGAAGACGUCCUACCCAGAGGGCUCCAGAGGGCACACGAGGACCUCUGUGCCAUCUGCGAGGCUGCCAACCCCGCCGCCUCAUCAGUACAGACCGGGAGACUGGUUUUGUCAAAGGCACCGCCAGGAGACCUCCGAGCUGCGUUGGAAGGGUCCCUACGUCGUGGUGCUGACUACACCCACCGCUCGCAAGGUAGACGGCAUCGCCACCUGGGUCCAUCACACCCACGUCCGCCCAGCAGACCCCUCUGCAGCCCGGGAGGACCUCACCACACCAUGGAGCCUCGAUUACAAUCCGCACAACUCGCCCAAGCUACGGCGCGCCCAACCCGCCUGGCGUUGGUAACUCUGUUGACUCUGUUCGCUGCCACCCACGCUGCCGGGAGUCCCCACGCCCCGUACAAUCUUACCUGGCAGAUCGUGGAGCCCAGCUCCGGAGCUGUCCUCAGUCAGACCUCCCGGUCGCAGCCUGGAGACGCUUGGUUCCCGGAGCUCCGGGUGGACCUGCUGGCCCUCAUCCCCGUCCAGUACGACCCUGCGUUCGCCCGGAGCCGUCACUUCUACGUUUGCCCCGGGCACGCGCGGGCCCCGGGGGGAGGCGCCCAGGACCCAUGCGGAGGAGCGGAGAGCUACUUCUGCGCCUCCUGGUCGUGUGUCUCGACUGGGCACAUCUGGUGGACUCCCCCGAAAACCGGUGAUCUGAUCGCCGUAGAGCGGCCGGCCGCCCCGCCUUGCGGCCUUGAGGGUCCCUGUAACCCCGUGAGCAUAUCUUUCACGGCCCAGGGGAAGGAGGCUGCAGGAUGGGACACUGGCAAAACUUGGGGAAUUCGUUUCUAUGAUAAGACCAGGUUCGGGUACCGAGAUCACGGAGGGCUGUUCACUGUCAGGCUACUGAGAACCUCCCUCUCAGACCCGGUGGCAGGGGUAGGGCCUGACCAAGUGCUGGGCCCCCGACCUGCCCCUACCCGGGCGUCCCCGCCCAGGAGCACCCCGCCCCCGGCCUCACUGCCCUCUGCCCUCCCUGCCCCGCACCUCAACAUCUGACACGGACCCCCUAGGGAGCAUGGUCCUGGGAGCAUACCAUGAUUUGAACACUUCCCGACCCGACCUGACCGAGUCCUGUUGGCUCUGUCUAGAUGUCCGGCCACCAUAUUACGAAGGUAUUGCUCUUAGGGGCAAUUAUACAACGGCCUCCAAUUCCAGCUCCUGCCGAUGGCAGCAGGCCACUGCACGACUAACCUCCCGGCGGUAAUAGGGCAAGGUACUUGCAUAGGCAGCGUAUCCCUAUGAGCAAUCACAUCUCUGUAAUGAAACUCUAUCAAUCCCUAGUGGGACCGCUUAUCUGCUCUCCCUCUCCUCCGAAAAAUGCAUGGUGGGCCUGUUCCAGCGGCCUCACUCCCCGCGUCCACUCCCAAAUCCUCAACUCCUCAAAAGAAGGCUUUUGCAUACUCGGCCAGCUAAUCCCCAAGAUAGUAUAGUAUAGUACCAUUCGGGGGAGGAAAUACUUAGCAGAUUAGGUUCUGCUAAACCCCCAAAGUAGGAGAGAACCUGUUACAGCCCUAACUCUGGCUGCGCUCUUAGGGCUGGGACUAGCAGGGGCAGGAACAGGAUAUCCUCGCUUGUCAUACAAGGCGAGAACUAUGGAAUCCUAAGAGCAGCCACUGACCUAGACAUAGAAGGAAUUGAGAAAUCCAUUACCCAUCUGCAAGAAUCCCUUCCUUCCUUCUCCGAAGUAGUGCUCCAGAACAGACGAGGAUCAGACUUCCUGUUCAUGCACCAAGGAGGCCUGUGCACAGCCCCAGGGAGGAGUGCUGUUUUCAUGUGGACCAUUCGGAGUUGUUAAGGAAUCCACGGCCCUCAUAAGAGAGGGAGCAGCCUCAGUGUUGGUAUGAAUCUUUAUUUAACUGGUCCCCGUGGUUAACCACUCUUAUUUCCGCCCUCCCGGACCCCUCAUAAUCCUACUAAUGCUGUUGUCCUUUGGCCCUUGAAUUAUCGACAGGCUAGUCCAUUUUGACAAAGAGCGCAUAGGGGCAGUUCAGAUGAUGGUUCUGUACUCCCAGUAUAGGCCUCUGGGAGCGGAAGGGGAGGUAGAAAUGCAGUCCGUCCCAUGAUUGGGCCCGUAAGUUUCAAGACAAGGGGGGGAAUGAAAGGGCAGAGCAGGACUGACUCCAUUUUGUAUUGUGUUCUCCAUCUUGUGUAACUAUGUCCCCGACAUGACCCCUUUCCAAGAAAAACCACAGAAUGUGUCAGUUACCCAACCCACCCUUAAAUCGGCCAACAGGAAUGCAAGGGGAAAUAACCAAAGUCCAAAGUAUGCUAACCGCGUCCUGUCACCUGCGUAACUGGACCCUAGCCCUCACCCAACCAAUCGGAAUCAGCCAAGUCAUGGCCCUAGCAUCACCCCACCACCCGACGCCAAGCCCUAUAAAAUUUCUGUCCUUCGGGAUCUCGGGCUCUUUGCAUCCUGCCGCUGCGUCGGUAGAGGCGGAGAGACCGGGCUCAAGCUUGAAUAAAGGCUCUUUGUUUUUGCAUCGGACUCAGCUCCCUGGUGAUCUUUGGGAUCUUGAAAUCUGGGCAUAACAGCUGGACCUUGAGUCUGCCUGCAUAUUCCUACAACUUCUCAGAGUCCUGUGGACAAUGACUAAGGAGACAAACCAUGCAGGAAACGGCGAUUUUCAACCGAUGUGCUGCAAGAAAUUGAAAACUUGCAGUAUCUGCUGAUUUACUUGGGCACUGACCUCUUUUCCUUGGAUUGUCAAAUUUAAAAUUGACAGCCAACACAGUAACUGGUGUGAAUCAAUUAAAAUUCUACCUUUGGCCUGGCCUGGAUCAGUGGUUGAGCAUUGACCUAUGAACCAGGAGGUCAGGGCACAUGGCCGAUUGGGGGGAGUGCAGGAGGCAGCCCAUCCAUAAUUCUAUCUUGAUGUUUUAAUGGGCCAUGUGGCCAAUGAAAUUUAUGUCAUUAUAUAAUUGAUGUUUCUAUUUCUUCUCUGAAAUCAAUAAAAACUUGUAUUGAAAAAUUCUACCUGUUUUGGCAGGUCAGGGAAAUACGUUUUUUUGUGUGCUGCAGUUUUAGUAAUUCAUUUGUGUGCAGCAUGAAGUG